CAUUGAGAAAGGAAAACACACGGAUUCAGAGUUGAGUAAUUUCUCAAAAUUUUUAUUAAUUAGUGUAGUGAAAACAGUACAAUUGCGAGUGCUUCCCAGUGAACAAGGUGGAAAUUUUCAAAAUUUGACUUUGUCCCGUGCCUUCAACGUCGGGAAAUGAGCAACAAUUCGGCAUUGUGAACAGUGACACCCUUUGUCUGCUUGCAGAGGCUAUGAUCAAGACUGUCCCAGUGAUCUAGAGCAGCAAUAUGACCGCCUGUGCGUGCAGCGAGAGAUCGAAGAAGGUGUGGAUCUUCGGCUGCGGCUCCUUCUUCCUCCUCGCGGGAAUGAUCCUGGCCGUGGUGUGGAGCGCAGUGUCCGUCAGCAUUCUCCACAACCAACUCGUCCUGAAGAAUGGCUCGCAGACGUACAACAACUGGAUAGAGACGCCAAUUCCCAUGUACUUGGAGUUCUACAUGUUCAACUGGACGAACCCCGACAAGAUACACAAUUGGGAGACGGAGAAGCCGCACUUCGUGGAAAUGGGCCCGUAUGUGUUCACGGAGAAGCGCAAGAGGGUGAAUAUUGUGUGGAACAACAAUGGCACGGUUUCCUUCAAUCAGAGCCGCGAGUGGCACUUCGUCCCUGAAAUGUCCAAUGGCACUUUGGAUGAUAAGGUGACGAACCUCAACUUGAUUCCCACCACGAUCGCGUACACGCUGCGCCAUCAGUCCGUUGUGGUGAAGAUGAUUGUGAACUUCCUGUUCAAGGAGAAGGGCGCGCGCAUGACCAUCACGCGGACGGUGCGCGAGCUGCUCUUCGACGGCUAUGACGAUCCCAUCCUGGACUUUGUCCGCAAACUCAACAUAUCAGGCUUCGUGAUCCCCUUCAAGAAGGUCGGGUGGUUCGUGGAGCGCAACCAGAGCGCCACGCACGAUGGCCACUUCAGCAUCUUCACCGGCGACGACGACAUGGCCAAGCUGGGCGUCAUGGAGCACUGGAACUACGUCAACCACACGCAAUACUACAGGGACCAAUGCGGCGCCGUGACAGGGACGACCGGCGAGAUCUGGCCGCCGCUGCCUGCGGAUCAGUCUGAAGUGGACAUCGCCAUGUUCACGCCGGACAUUUGCCGAACGAUCACGCUCAAGUACGAUCGCCCGGUGGAGAAGCUGGGCCUGAGCGGGAAUCGAUGGGUGGCAGAUGAGCGAGUGCUGGACAAUGGCUGGAAAUAUCCGCCGGCCGCGUGCUACUGCACGGCCGAUCCGUCAGCCUGUCCGGACCUGCUGCCGGGUGUCCUGAACGUGUCGUCGUGCCAAUUCGGCGCUCCAGCCUUCAUGUCCUUCCCACACUUCUACCUCGCGGAUUCGAGCUACAGCGACGCUAUCGCCGGCCUGAAUGCCUCACGGGAGGAGCACGAGUUCUACAUGGCGCUGCAGCCACAGACAGGCAUUCCGCUGGACAUUCGAGGGCAGCUGCAGCUGAACCUCAUGAUGACGCCGGACGAGCACUUCUCCAUCUUCGAGAAAGUCCCCAAAAUCUUCAUCCCAAUGCUGUGGUUCAGACAAACGGCCAAUCUGACGGAGGACCUCGCGAAGUCCGCCUGGUGGGCCGUCAACUUAUCGGAUUUCGGCCUUUAUCUUGCCUUUGGCAUUGUGGGACUCGGCGGAGUGCUCGUGAUUGUGGGAAUUGUGCUCACCAUCACGAAGAAGUGGACUUGCGCGCCCACCAAUGAAGACGAGGAGCCUCUUCAGUAGCCAACAAGAGUGCUAAUUGAGCCAUCACGAGCGGAAUGUGUGGAUUUCGGAUGAAGCUUGGACGAGAGUAACAACUGUGAUAAAUCUGCUAUAUCUUAACCAAAAUCAUCAAGUGCAAAUCCACCAAUCUAUCGCGGACGAAGACAAAGAAAAAUCUGCCUUAUCGUGAAAAUUUGUUAAAAUCGAUGUGUUAUAAUUCCUUAUUUACUCUUGCUUUCAAAACAGAUUUUGUAUUAUUAUUAUUGAUGGGGAAGAGAAAAAUCAAAUGAUUCUUUUGUACUGAGAAGAACAGAAACGGAUAAAUAAAAAGACCGUUAAUUUUUAGGGAAA